CGCUGAGUGUAUUAUAGUGAGUCUGUUAGUAGCGUAGGUAUAUUUAUCAAAACUUAAGUUGUGGUACAGAGGCAGGCAGACAGACAGACAAUAUUAUGGGUUUUAAUAAAAACACCGCUUUCAGUUUCAUUUCAACCGUCGACGUUUGGCCAUGCGGUAAUCGCUUCGUUACGAAUCGCGCACGCGUACCGAGAUUAUAAAUUUCCUAUACAAAUUUUUCUGUUUAAGAUUAUUUUUUAAAUCUUUUUUGUAUACACCAAGAUUAAAAAAUUACGCACAAUGUCAACGUAGAACCUGCCAGUCAUCAUAACAGCAUUUAAAAAAUAGAAAAUCCCUUUUUUAAAUUAUAUCAAUUAAAUCCAAAUCCAUAUUAAAAAAAAAAACCACACACACAUAAAACACAACAUGAUUCUCAAAAAUUAUAGUUGUCUUACUAUUAAAUUAACCAUCCUCAUCCUCCUGAUAAAUUAUGCAGGAAGCAUUCCAGAUUAUGGUUCAUCAGAAAAUGAACAACUUUACACAGCUGAUGCACCCGAUGACCAUGAAAUCUACGACCCCGCCCAACUUCAACAAGAAGUCGAGGACGAAGAGGAUAUAAUACAUAAACAAACAAAUUUGGACACAGGCGGCCACACAGCCUACUACGACUCACAAGAAGACACAACCGAUAUGAUGUUGGGCGAUGGCAGAGAUGAUGCCACUAUCAAAAUAUCCCGCACCACAAUGGUGCCGGAAUAUGUGCGAAGGCAACAAAAAUCAUAUGAACAACAUUCCUCCACAGAAGACUAUGACAGCACGCCUGUCAGUUCAAGUACUAGUGCCGAAGAUCAGACAGCACCAGACUCAAACUACAUGGAUAUGAUGGGUCCAAUCGAAUUAACCCAAAGAAACGAAUCCGUACCGCUUGCCAUGAAAUCGAAUGUCCUCUAUUCGGAUGAAAACGACUUGCAUGACAUCCAAAACCAACAAUUGGAAAAUUCCAAUAGCAGUGUGGAGGAGGAAUAUUAUGAAGAUGCACCCGAAAGCAUCGAAGAAUUAUAUCCGUCCAGCCUGCUCGGCACCACAACAAUAAAUGUUCCACCUCCUCCACCGCCUCUCAUAACAACAACAUCAGCGCCGCCAUUGCCUCCAAUGCCAUCAUCAUCACUAACAACAACACAAUCGACAACGCCGCCGGUUGGCACCGAUGCUACCACCACGACAACGAAUCGAGCCAAACAGGGCAAACAGAUUCACAUGGCACGCAGAAAGCUUCUGCCGCACGAACAAUUACGCAACUACAUAGAAGACGCUUACAUCAGAAUGCCAUUGGCGGUGAUUGUCGAUCCGUCGCCAGAGUCCCUCGAGAAGACGAAGGCACUUUGGCGAGAGGCGCUAAGAUCAAAUUUUGCCAUAAAGAUUGUCUUGGUCGCAUUGAAUGCUUCAGGAACCCCAACAGCAUAUAGUUUCAAUAAUACACGUCAAUUCCUAGCCGGGUUGAAUAGCAUCAAAGAAAGCUCUGGUGGUAAUGCAUUUAUUGGAGUUGUCCAUGCAUCUGAACUUGUGCCAUACGAUAGUGCUGUAUUCAUUUCAACAGCAUCAAUUCCAGCUCAUACAGAAUUAGUUCAAGACGCAGCGAUAACACUUCUUAAAAAAAGAAUAAGGUUGUAUUUGGUGUGGUAUGGAGAAAGAUUGGAAACCGAAAAUGAGACACAAGAAGCUGUUGGAGGGAUUUUAGGAGAAGUGGCUGUGAGAUCGGGUGGUGAGAUACUUCAUGUUGUUGGAAAUGAAACAUACCAAGAACUAGAAGGAAUGACGCUAACAAUGAUUGCUGAUACUUAUUUGGGAUCACAAGAAAUCGAUAUACCAGUGGACACGACUUUAUCUAGUUUACAUGUUAAAAUCGAUUCAUUAAUGAGAACAGCAACAUUGGAAACUCCAAACGGUGAUAUAAAUUUGAAGAAAUUGGUAAAAUUCAAAUCACGUUUAUUGUCAUUAAACGAAAAUCAACUUGAUGCUUUUGUACCAUUGACUAAAGUUAAGAAGUCUACCACAUUUAAAUUGAAAUUAAUUCCGGAGUUAUUGGAUAAGGAAUAUAAUGUUUUUGUUAGAGCCGAUCGGAAAGCUGAUAUAUUUCUUGAUGACAUGAUCCGACGAUUAAAUUAUGUCUACAUAAAUGGUUUACCUUAUACUCGUGGUGAACGUGAGAAUAUUAUAGCAACUCACGAUAGUUUAAGAUUCCCUGAAGAAACUACCGAUCCUGAUUCUGAGAUAUUUCCAGUCUUUUCAAUAACUAAUGACAAGAACAAGACUAAUAUUAUACAAGAGAAACAAACCACUUUGUCAAAUGGAGUCUUGAAGCAAGGUAUAACUAAGAUUGAGAUGGGAAUUCAAUCGCAGAUUCUUGUCGCACCUGGAAUGUUGGCUAGUUUGUAUUUUGAAGUAACAAAUCUACGAACUGAACCGAUAUUUCAUAACAUACAAGUCACAGAUGAACAACGAUUUCUACGAACACUAACUCCACAGAGUAUAUUUUUGGAAUCUGGACAAACUACAACCGUUACAGUGACAGUACUGAUACCGAAUACAACACCUCAGGGCACAAGAGAUACAAUCAAAUUCAUGUGUCUGGGAUCGGGGCGACAAGUUUUUCAAUCAGUUGAACUCAAAGUUAUAACCAACAUCGAUGCGGAGGAUACAACUCCUCCAAGUGUAUCAUGGCAAUUUGGAAGUCGAUGUGACAGUAUUCGAACAGAAUCGGCUGGUUGUUCUGAUAAAUAUUGGUCUUUAGACAUUGUUGCUCAAGAUUGGGAAACUGGCUUGCUCCGUCUACAAUCCCUACCGUCAGGUUUAAUAAAUCGAAAUUCCUUCACAGUUGGCACGAAUCAAGCAUUACGGACAACAUAUUCGGCCAGUUGCUGUCAACCCAAAGUAACACUUAUCGCCUACGAUAUUGCAGGAAAUCAAAAGACUCAUAAUAUUGAUGUGAGAGAUAUGGUUCUAUCGGAAGCAUCUAUCGCGGCGAUAGUUUUGGGAGCUUUGUUAUUAAUUUUGUUGAUAAUUUUAAUUGUUAUAUUAAUUAUGUGGUGUUUGAAGAGAAGAAGAGCAUCGCAUGAUUUGCAUUCAUAUAGAUCACAUUCACAAAUUCGAUGAACAACGAAGAAAGAAUAUAUGUAUCAGACAAAUUUUUGAAUUAAGUAUUAUAGAAUAUAAGGGUGGUGG